UCGAAGGGCGCCACUUCCGGGCUCUCCCGGGUCCGUGGCUCUGGCCUUGAAAUUGGGCUUCUCUCUGCAUGGCCGACAUGGAGGAACUCUUCGGCAGCGACGCCGACACGGAACCGGAGCAAAAAGACUCUGAUUCUGGAUCUGACUCAGAUUCGGACCGGGAGAACACCGGCUCCGUUAGUAAUGUUUCCGGUAGCGAGAGUGACCGAGAGGACGAUCAAGAUGCUUUAAAACCCAGCAAUAAAGAGUUGUUCGGUGAAGACAGUGAGGAUGACGGUGGGUCUCACAAUGGUGUGUCUCACCACAGCGGCAGCGACAACCAGUCGGAACGCUCCUACAAUCAUUCCGAAGGCUCGGCGCACUCUGAACACGAGGACAAUGACCAGUCAGAGAUCGAGCAGCACAGUGGCUCAGAAGCUGCGCACGAUGAGGAAGAUGAUGAGGACCGCAGGUCAGAGGACGGUAGCCAUCACUCUGAGGCGGAAGGAUCCGAGAAAGCCCAUUCCGAGGACGAAAAAUGGGGUGGAGAGGACAAGAGCGAUCAGUCGGAGGAGGACGAGAAGCUCCUGAAUUCAGACGACGAGAAGCUCCAGAAUUCAGACGACGAGAAGCUCCAGAAUUCAGACGACGAGAAGCUCCAGAAUUCAGACGACGAGAAGCUCCAGAAUUCAGACGACGAGAAGCUCCAGAAUUCAGACGACGAGAAGCUCCAGAAUUCAGACGACGAGGAGCAGGUUCAGCAUUCCGACGACGAAGAUAAAAACUCAGACGAUGAAGAGAGGACCCUGAUCUCGGACCACCGCAAGGAGAGGAUGGACCAGUCUGAUGAGGAAGACGAGAGACCCCAACUUUCUGACGAGGAGAAGCUUCAGAACUCGGACGAUGAGGAAAGGCCGCGACAUUCCGACGAAGAAAACAUGCAGAACUCGGACGAUGAGGAUGAAAGGGCGGCCCACUCGGAAGAGGAGAAGCUUCUGAAUUCAGACGAUGAGAGGCCUCAGCACUCAGAGGACGAGGAGCGCCAUUUGUCAGACGACGAAGAGGAGCGCGGGCACAAAUCAGAAUCACCAAGAAUCAGUGACAGUGACGACGAUAUUCCCCAAAUGAAGAGCAAGAAGCGAAUUGCAUCCGAUUCCGAAAUGGAAAGCGAUGCGGAAGGGCAAAAAAAUAACAGAGACGCAAUGGAUUUAUUUGGAGGAGCAGAUGAUAUCUCUUCAGGAAGUGAUGGAGAAGACAAGCCACCAACACCAGGGCAGCCUAUUGAUGAGAAUGGUUUGAAUGAGGAUCAGCAAGAAGAGCCUAUUCCUGAAACACGGAUAGAAGUAGAAAUCCCAAAAGUCAACACAGAUCUGGGAAACGACCUGUAUUUCGUAAAGCUUCCCAACUUCCUCAGUGUGGAACCCAGGCCUUUCGACCCUCAGUAUUACGAGGAUGAAUUUGAAGACGAGGAGAUGCUGGAUGAAGAAGGCAGGACGAGAUUAAAACUGAAGGUAGAGAACACGAUCCGUUGGCGAACUCGCCGAGAUGAGGAAGGUCAGGAGAUUCGAGAAAGUAACGCCCGGAUCGUCAAGUGGUCUGACGGGAGCAUGUCCUUGCAUUUGGGGAAUGAAGUCUUUGACGUGUAUAAAGCCCCCCUGCAGGGAGACCACAACCAUCUUUUCAUCAGACAAGGAACUGGGCUUCAGGGACAGGCUGUCUUCAAGACCAAACUGACCUUCCGGCCACACUCCACAGACAGCGCCACGCACAGAAAGAUGACCCUCUCGUUGGCCGACCGAUGUUCGAAGACGCAGAAAAUCCGCAUUCUGCCCAUGGCUGGCCGCGAUCCCGAGUCCCAGCGCACAGAAAUGAUUAAGAAAGAGGAGGAGAGGCUGCGAGCGUCCAUCCGUAGGGAAUCCCAACAGAGAAGGAUGCGCGAGAAACAACACCAGCGGGGCCUGAGCGCCAGUUACUUGGAGCCCGACCGCUACGAUGAAGAAGAAGAAGGAGAAGAGGCCAUCAGCCUGGCCGCCAUCAAGAACAGAUACAAAGGCGGAAUACGAGAGGAGCGCGCUCGGAUUUAUUCUUCGGACAGUGAUGACGGUUCGGAUGAGGAGAAAACGCAGAGGUUGCUCAAAGCGAAGAAACUCAACAGUGAUGAGGAGAGUGAGCCUUCUGGUAAGAGGAAAGCCGAAGAUGACGAGAAGGUCAGCAAGAAACAGAAGAAAUAUGUGAUCAGCGAUGAUGAAGAUGAGGAUAUGUAAAGGGCAUGGACUCUGAACUUGGGUGAAAGUUACUGGUUUGUUUGUUUUUAAAAAAAAAUAGAGAUUAUAUUGUUCUUUUCCAACCAUGUGUAAGUAGAUUCAGUGGAGAUUGGGGUGGGAACGACGCUUGCAUUAAUAAUAUUAAUGUGAAUAAAACAUUCUGGGCUGGCCGUA